CUUUCUUAGGAGACAUACGGUAGGGCUUCCGCCCGGGUUCAACCCUCACUCAAAUCCCGGGAAGGAGGGGCGGAGGGUUAUGUCAUCCUUCCGCGCCGGCCUGCCCCGCGACGCGCCGGCGGCUGGCGCAGCCCUUCGCUCGCCCGGCCUCCCCCUCCCUGGUUCUGCGCUCGGGUUCCGCCAUGGAAUCCAACAAGGAUGAAGCCGAGCGCUGUAUCAGCAUCGCCCUCAAGGCCAUCCAAAGCAACCAGCCCGAACGGGCGCUGCGCUUCCUGGAGAAGGCUCAGCGGCUGUACCCGACGCCACGAGUCAGCGCUCUGAUCGAGUCCCUCAAUCAAAAACCACAGUCCUCUGGUGAUCAACCUCAACCCACAGACACAACCCAUACCACCACCAACAAGACAGGCCGGACCGAAACCCCCUCGGCCAACGGCGAGGCCGGAGGAGGAGAGAGCGCCAAGGGCUAUACCUCAGAGCAGGUGGCUGCUGUGAAAAGGGUCAAGCAGUGUAAAGAUUACUAUGAGAUCCUUGGGGUGAGCAGAAGUGCCUCAGACGAGGACCUAAAGAAGGCCUACCGCAAACUGGCCCUCAAGUUCCAUCCCGACAAGAACCACGCGCCUGGGGCCACCGAAGCUUUCAAGGCUAUUGGCACAGCGUAUGCGGUACUCAGCAACCCGGAGAAGAGGAAACAGUACGACCAGUUUGGUGAUGACAAGAGCCAGGCCGCCCGGCAUGGCCACAGCCACGGGGACUUCCACCGAGGCUUUGAAGCCGACAUCUCCCCGGAAGACCUCUUUAACAUGUUCUUCGGUGGUGGCUUUCCUUCCAGUAAUGUCCACGUCUACAGCAAUGGCCGAAUGCGAUACACCUACCAGCAAAGGCAGGAUCGCAGAGACAACCAGGGUGAUGGCGGGCUAGGAGUAUUCGUCCAGCUGAUGCCCAUCCUCAUCCUCAUCCUUGUGUCAGCGCUCAGCCAGCUCAUGGUGUCCAGUCCACCCUACAGCCUGAGCCCGAGACCGUCAGUGGGCCAUAUCCACAAGCGAGUCACUGACCACCUGAACGUCGCCUACUAUGUGGCUGACACCUUCUCUGAGGAGUACACAGGCUCCAGCCUCAAAACAGUUGAACGGAACGUGGAAGACGAUUAUAUCGCCAACCUCCGGAACAACUGCUGGAAAGAGAAGCAACAGAAGGAAGGCUUGCUGUACCGAGCCCGCUACUUUGGUGACACGGACAUGUACCACAGAGCACAGAAGAUGGGCACCCCAAGUUGCAGUCGGCUGUCAGAGACUAUGAAAUCCCUGGAGAAUUUUUGGUGACAUACACUGAGCCAGCCACGGUGAUGGACUGUAUAUUUAAGGAAAGACAUACACAGAAAAAAUUAAAAUGGAACUGGAGGCCGAACACCGCACAGCCGUCCUCUCUCAGCCGGUGAAUGCAGAAAGCUCUUAGGACAGACAGACAGCCUGCCUCCGGCUGCUUCCUCCUCUCCCAGGGCUGACAAGAAGCUCCGCAUCACUGGCUCCUAGGAUACCGAAACCAUGGCAACGAAAGUAGAAUGUAAAACUUGCAGCAAAUGUCUGUGGGGAAGGACUGGGGGAGGGGACGCCCCACUGUGUCUCCUCCCACUCCCUGGAGCUGCCUCCAGUCACAGGGGAAACCAGGCAGAGGCUUGGGCCAAGGAACAGAGAGGAGAGAAUUCCAGAGAACGUAACUUAGAAAUGCAUACGUAUGUAUAUAUAUCUAUUUAUAUGUAAAUAGACAUAUAUAAAGAUAUAUAUAUAUAUAUAUAAAGUCUUUUAAAACUAUGCAGGGAUUGGGUUCAGAUGUUCAGCUGACUUGUUCCAUAUUUUAGAAAACGGGGCCUGUUUGGGAAGGCAGCCUGUUUUCAAAAGCUAGACAGUAGCCGACAGCGUACGGAAAGUCAAAUCAGAUACUAUUAGUGUCACCCUUAACCCCAGCCUGACUGAUGGCAGCAGUAAUCAUGGUGGUAUAAAUCCAUAGAAAACUUCCAAAGGUCUCCAGGCUAUGGUUAAGGUAGGGGAGCCAGCUGGGGCCAGGGAAUGAUGGAUGCCCCAGGAGAUAGCUGCUCAGUCUUGGGCCAUAGCAGAGGUCCCAGACAAGGCCUACUGGGAUGAGACGAACUCCUCACGCUGCCUCCUCCUUGGCCAGCCUCAGGUGGGCUCUCUGCCCAGGAGCCCUGCAGCCACUCCCCUGCCCAUACCUCUUCCCCACCCAAGCCCCCAGGUGGGUUUGCCUUACGGGUGCCACAGGGCACAGCUCCACCAUUGCCAACAGGUUUUCUCUAAGUUGUGCACCAAGGACUCCAGAAGGUUCCUCCUCCCAGAGCCGAGCCAGGCCCUGAGUGCAGCCCAGCUUGUGGAGAGCCAGUGCUAUGAGCGCCUGUCUUCACUCCACAGUGGGCCCACCGGGCUCCGCUCCUUGGAUGAAGAAUCCACCACAACCGGAAUGGCUUGCCCCUUCAGAUGAGGCUUUUUCUCAAAACAGCCAUUGCUGCCAGAGAAAGGAGGAUGGCUGCUCUCCUCCCGAGUUUAUGAUGGGCCUUUGGGAAUUGCCAUGUCCCCUAGUUUCCCUAUGGCCGCGGGUGUGCCGAUGCACCUGCUGACUUCAGAGCCUUACUUCCCCAAGCUGCCAGCUCAGAGGUGGUUCCCCCCCCCUCUCCCUCUCCCUCUCUCCCUCUCCCCCACCUCUCCCUCCCUCCCUCUCUCCCACCACCUCCUAACAAAUGGGACGCUUGCUGGGAAAAGAAGCUUGGUUAGGAAUUGUCAAAUCUUGUCUUUUUUUUUUUUUUUAACAAGAUCCCACCCUGCAAUGAAGUGGCCACCCUGGCCUACAGAGAUAAUAACUGGAUGCAGGCCAGAGUACCCCACCCACAGUGGCCUGGUGCUCUGCCUCCUGCCACCCCAACUGCCCAGUCUUGGUAGCUGUCCCUAGAGGGGCUGAGCCAUGUGCAAUAAGAACAUAGAUCCUAAAGGAUCCCCUGAGAAGCUGUAUUUCUUGAAUUAGAACUGAUAUUGUACAUCUAUAAAUAUAUGUUUAUUAUGUGA